GGAAACCAGCUGCACGUUUGCUGCACCUCUGCCUCCACAGACAGCAGUUUGUCAGCUGCGUACCCCUGGAGAUAUGAAUGAUACCCGUGCUCAGAGCGAUAUCAGUGCUGCAGUGGAACUGUUCCAGCUAAUCACGUACACUCCCACCUUUAUGAUGGGUUUACUGUUCAAUGUGAUGGCUUUGUCAUUUCUGUUUUUUAAGGUUAAAAAGCUCACAGAAUCUACAGUCUACAUGGUAGCCCUUAUUUUCCUGGAUACUUUGCUGCUGUUUACUCUUCCUUUUAAAAUCAUUUCCUAUCACCUUCAGAACAACUGGAACUUGGGGUCUGUGUUUUGCUCAGCCUUGGAAAGUCUUUACUUUGUAAACAUGUAUGGCAGCAUGCUCAUCUCCCUCUGCAUCUGCGUAGAUCGGUACAUUGCUAUCUGGCACCCUUUUGUGGCUCCCACUGUGCGAUCCACGAGGAAGGCCACCAUGGUCUGUGCCAUCAUCUGCCUGGGCACCUCAGCCGGGACUGCCUCUACUUUAAAGCUGCAUGGGCAGGACCACAACUUCUCAUCGUGCUUCCAUAGCUUCUCCAAAAGUACAUGGGAGAACAUAGGAUUGUUUAGCACCUUGGAGACUGCCUUCUUUUGCAGCAUGGCAACGAUGACCUUCUGCACCAUCCAGACCGUCAGGUGUUUGAGAAAGCACAGAAAACCCAACAACUCCCAAACGCACACCAACAGAGCGGAGAAGAUAGUGGUUACAAACCUCGUCACAUUUUUGGUCUGUUUCACUCCUUACCACGUGGCGUUCUUCUUGUAUUUUUUGGUAAGGAAUAACGUCAUUCACAACAGUUUUCAGCAAACCCUACGAGCCAUCCUUCAGGUCACACUUUGCUGGGCAAACUUGAACUGUUGUCUGGAUGGGGCCUGUUAUUAUUUUAUCUUAAAGGAGUCUUUGGAAGACUCACUGCAAAACAGUCAAAAAACAGCCAGGCGAAGGCCUUGAGCUACAUGCUGAGCAGCAGUCACUUGGGAUGCCCUCCUGCAAAGCGUCACCGUGCCAGGCAGGCCUGCCUCUCACUGCAAGCCCGCCUCUCACUGCAAGCCCAGCGAAGGCAGUCGACUGCCGACGUCCUAGGAUCAACACAUUCCACAUGGCAAACAGGCACAGCUCCUUAGGUACAGAUGAAAAACCGCUCUCAAGAAAAGGUGACUGUUUAAACAUCACUGAUGCGUGGACAUGCUUUGGUAGAUGCUGCAGGGUUUUGAACCACUUACCUGAGUGAUUUACUUUAAAUAUUCAGGUCUGAAAAUAUCUCAGGAAACACAGAACUAAGACCAUUCCCAGGA